CUAUUGUUUUAAAGUUAAAGCACAGAAUAGAAAACUUAUUCUGUGGUUAAAGUAUCAUGUUGCCUAGAUAUUUUAAUAAAUUGUGCAUAAGAAAUUAUUCAUUCAAAAAAACUAUUUUAGUACAACAAAAACAAAAAUCCCAUAAUAUUGUGGCAGAUAUAAUUGAAGAAAAUAAGAUAACAAAUUCACAAGAUUGGAAGAAAAUUCGUGAUACACUUCUUGGAAUCAAGAAUAAUACAGGACAUUAUUCAAAAAAUAAUAUAGAUGCGGUAAUAUUAGAAUAUUGUAUAAAGAAAAACAAACACGAGCUGGGAACUAAUUAUAUAAACUUUUUAAAAGAAGAAAAUAUAAAACCAAAUCUUGGGUUUAUUGGGAAAUAUUUUAAGUUUCUUUAUAAUAUUAAUAAAGAUAUAUGUCAUAAGGAGGGGAAAAAGUGCCCCAAAGACCAAGAAGAAAUUGUCUUAAAAAUGUAUAAUGAUUUGAGAAUUGAAUACCCACUUUUAGAUUCUGUUAGUUUAGAAAAUAUUAUUCCUGCUUUAUCCCUAACAAGUGAAUGGAAAAAAUGUGUCGAUCUAUUAAAAGAAAUCCAUUUUAGUGCAACACCAACCGGUGAGGUAUACAGUUCUGUGGCAGCUGCAGCGUUUUUAAAUAAACAAGAAAAUUUGUCAUGGGAUUUAUUAAGGGAAGUUAUUGAAUUUCAAAAACAAAUUAAAAGUGUAGCAUUUUUAUCAUAUCUGACAUCACUAAAAAAACUUAAAAAAAGAGAAAAUAUUUUGAUUAAAUUAAAACAAAUGUUUGUUUUUCUAAAAGAAAAUGAAAUAAUAUGUGAUCAAGUUGUAGCUGAGGAAAUUGGAACAUAUGUUAAGAAACUUGGCUUAACAGGUAGUUUAACAUACAUAAAUCAAAAAGGAUUCUGCAAAAAUUGUCAACAGCAAUUACAAAAGUUUGAACUAAGUAAUGAAGAAUUUGAAGACCUAAAAAAUAAAAUACUUAAUAAAGUUAUUCUUGGCAAAGAUAUAUUUGUAAAAACUAACCCCCUGGAACUGGAUAAAUUCACUGCGUUUGUUUCAAAUCAGGAUCGUUUUGAUGUAGUUCUGGAUGGAUUAAACAUUGCUUAUUCUGUAGGAACUAAGCAACCACCUAGUGUAUUUGCAGCCUUGUUAGCUGCUGUAGUCUCACACUUUCGCGAGCAAAACAAGAAAGUUUUAGUAGUAGGAAGACAACAUAUGACAAGAUGGCCUCAACAAUCUUGGAAUUAUAUAAAUGAAAACGCCACAGUAUUUUUGGCCCAAAAUAUCUCACAAGACGAUCCAUAUUUACUAUACUGUGCCAUAAAUUCUGGAAAAGAUACAAUAAUUGUCACGAGUGAUCUGAUGAGAGGUCAUAGAUUUCGACUGGAAACUGCCAAACACAGAUUGUUGUUUAAUAGAUGGUUAACACAACGUCAAUAUCAGCUUCUUAAGGUUGUUGGAAGUGGAAAACCCAUAUUUAAGCAUCCACUACCAUAUAGUAUAACUACACAAGAGAAUGGACAUUGCUGGCAUAUACCAUUCAAAAAAGAAGUUAUCAAGGAUAAUGAGUCAAGUGUAGGAUGGUUAUGUAUAUCUUGAGUUGUUAAAAUUAAAUUAAAUUUUUUUAUUUUCUA